UAUUUUUAUGUCGCAAAGAACGGUGCGAUCGCGAGUUAACCUUAUCGUGUAUAGAAACACACAUGAUACCUUUCCUUUGUAUAGAAAUGCUGAGUAAAGUUAUCUAAUUUUUUUAGUGUUUACGGUUACCUACAGCACAGCGUGUUUAUUAAUUUAAAACAUGGCCUGGACGGGAUACCAGAAGUUCCUUGCCCUGAUGAUGGUAGUCACAGGGUCCAUCAACACUUUGAGCACUAAGUGGGCUGACAAAGUUGAAUCAAAGGGAUCAGAUGGUGUAGUUAGAGUUUUUGAGCAUCCUUUCUUGCAGGCAGCAGCUAUGUUUCUAGGUGAAAUGCUGUGCUUACUUGUAUUCAAACUGAUAUAUUUUAAGACCCGGAAUACAGGAGGCCACCAACUGACACAGGGCAACCAGAGUUUUAAUCCUUUCAUCUUGAUGCCAGCUGCUAUGUUUGAUUUAGUGGGGACCUCGAUCAUGUAUGUGGGCUUGACACUUACAUAUGCUAGCAGUUUUCAAAUGUUUCGAGGGUCGGUUAUAAUAUUUGUGGCAGCAUUCUCCACUAUCUUCCUUGACAAACAAAUCAUCAAGAGAGAGUGGGCGGGCAUAGGUGGCGUGAUCCUGGGGCUGGUGAUCGUGGGGUCGACGGACGCCAUCUUCCGCGAGCCCGGCGAGACCAAGGGGCCCAACAGCCUCAUCACCGGCGACCUGCUCAUCAUCGUGGCGCAGGUCAUCACCUCCUGCCAGAUGGUCUACGAAGAGAAAUACGUUAGAGGGUUGAACAUCCCGCCGCUGCAGGCGGUGGGGUGGGAGGGGGUGUUCGGGUUCUCGGUGCUGUCGGCGCUGCUGGUGGUGUUCUACUGGACGCCGGCGCCGCCGCACUUCGGCCACAACGCGCGCGGCACCGUCGAGGACGCCAUCGACGGCCUGGUGCAGAUAGGAAAUAAUCCAGUACUACUAGUGGCGAUUCUCGGCACGAUAGUUUCGAUUGCUUUCUUCAACUUCGCCGGCAUCAGCGUGACGAAAGAAAUGUCUGCCACCACGAGGAUGGUGCUUGAUUCCGUUAGGACACUGGUGAUCUGGAUGGUGUCGCUGGCGGUGCGCUGGCAGGUGUUCCACUGGCCGCACCUGCUCGGGUUCGCCGUGCUCAUCUACGGCAUGGCGGAGUACAACGCGCUGGUGCCGCGGUGCCGACGCGCGCCCGCCGCCGCGCCGCCCGCGCCCGCCAGCGCCGCCGCCGACCACGAGGACGACCAAGAGGAGGCCUAGCCCCGCCCCACCGAACAUAACACACUAACGCAUACAUAUUAAGUAUAUCUAUAUUUUUCAUAGCCCUAAGUUCACAAAAGCGUUGUAAUGUUAGUAGGUUGACUUAUUUUAGUGUUCCCAAUCAGUCACAUCUUCGGGAACAAACGAACACGGAACUAAACAUUUAAAUGAAAAAUUAAAUAUUAUUAUAUUUUUUCAGCAAAUACCUUACCUAUACCCAUUUUUAAGUUAACUGUGCGCGUGAAAGAGUCUUAUUCAACGCGUAUUCCUCGAACCAAUACGAAUAUUCUGGUGUCAGUCUGGAGUCUGGUGGUGGUGCUGCCUAGUAUCGGAACAGUAGUCAGAGAAAUAAGAUAGUCUUAGACUCUGACAUUUUAAUUUUAAAUUAUGGGACCAAAGACGCGUGUUCUAAAGCAAAAGAGUUCUCGGUGACGGAACGAGAAGUCGUAUACGUUGUAUAAUAGUGUGUUAAAAAAUUACAAUGCAAUCACUAGUAACAGGAAUGAUUAAGAAAUUAUUAUUUUAGGCUACAAAAUCAGUUCUCAGUGCCAUGUGUGAGAGCGAAAUCGCAGACCUCCAUUAUAGUUCAGUUGGAGUUGUGUUAUAAUAACAACGUGUUCGCAUAUUCCAGUUUCUAAUCUUUCUAGUGUAAAUGUCUUGUUAAUAUGAUUGCAAACAUCACUUAUUUAUAUACAGGAUGUUCGGGAGAAGUACUAUUGAUAUUACCAAACAUUAAGUCACAAUGAAAUAAUACUAUAGAAAAAAAUCUCUGAAGGUAAUCAUGAGUCAGUGAACACUAUACCUCAUGACUCUCAACAUGACGCGCAAACACCGUUACAAUCCGUGGAGCUCUUUCCGAGCACCUAUGUAGUAUAAUAAGAUUAAGUGGAUGUACGUUACCUAUCAUUCGCAUCAUUCGCCCUCUCGAUAUUCUACAUACAUACCUCCUCGCUUAAUCGCAAUAUAUACAGGCUGAUUUUUAAAACCCGAAUCACAAUGUCAAUUGUCAAAAAAAAAUAUUUUUUUUUCAUCCACAAUUUAAUUUUCACCUGUAUAUUUACACAUUGUAUUAUAUUUUCACGUAUAUUGGAUAUUAUUUACUUUGUAGUAUUAUCGUCAUAUGAAUUGGUUGGUUGAGCAUAUCUUGACCCACUAUUUUGCAUUCAAUCAAGUUUAUAAUAUGGAUUAUAUUGUUUUUAAGUUGUCACUUGAAGCUAUAAAUAUAACUUGAGGGUGGUAUUUCACCUGUCCAAUUUCUUUGUCCAAUGUGUAUUUUGUCUCAUAAAUAUUUUGCUUAAUGAACUCUUACUCGAGGCGCAAUUAUAUUGGACGGAUGGUAUAGUUAUGUACCACCCUAAAGUAUGUUGUAAUAAUAUAAUCACGUCUGAUCUGUCAGUUCGGUGACGAAAUGAAUAGUCGUUAACCGGGGUUUUUAAACUUAUAUUAUCUCAUAUGUCUAUUUUGUAAAAUAAGUAACGAAUACGGUGUGGAUUCUCCUUAGAAAGUUAAAAUACUAUGUAUUUAGUUAUGUAUACAAAGACUGAGAUUCUCAAGAGAAUUCACAUAAUUAUAUGGUACCUACCUAAUAAUAUAUUGUUGUUAGGUAAAUCUCAUAAAACAACAUGAUAUUGCAACUAUUGUCACGCAAUGAAAAUCGACAAGGUUUUUGUUGCUAUUUUGGCUACCCGCGAACCCUAAAAUCUACGAAUUGUAUAAAUCGAUAUAAAUAUUGUAAGUUAUAAUUAUUACGAAUAAAAUGUUAUUGGCUGGCGAUAGCAAAGUAUUGGAUUGUAAACA